AUGGGAGUGAAUAUCCAGUAUGUAAAAAAUGGUAGAGUUUAUUUGGCAACUUUAGCAAUGAAAGAAGUUUGUGAACAACACACUGCCGAUAAUUUAAAAAAAUUGCUUCUUGAAGUGCUACAAAAGUAUAAUAUGGUUAAAGAACAAAUUUAUACAAUAACCUGUGAUAACGCAGCAAAUAUGGUGAAGUUAGCUAGAAUAAUGAAUGAUCAAUGUGAAGAAUUAAAUGUGAUAGAAACCAAUGUAAAUGAAAAUGAUUCUGAUUCUGAUAUUGAACUAGAAUAUGAAAAUGGAGAAGGAACAUCUUUAUCAACAGAUGAUAUUGAGAAUGAACUUUUUAAUGAUGAUUUCGAAAAUAAUGAUAAUACAAACAAGGAAGUGGAAGAUUUUCAAGAAAUUGUAAUCAAUGCUCUAGAACCUAAAUCAAUAACAUCAUGCAUACGAUGUUCAGUUGUAAAAAAGCUCAGAACCCCAAAAUAUGCUAGUUGGUUAAAAAGAAAACAUUUGAAGUAUGCUGUCAUUGAUAUAGAGACUAGGUGGAAUUCUCUAUACAACAUGCUCUUCAGACUCUUAGAAUUGAAAGAAUUUUGUAAGCUGCACAAUGGAACAAAUCCAGAUAUCAAACUAAGGGACUGUGAAUGGGAGUCAAUACAAAGUGUUGUUAACGCUCUUAAUCCUGCAAAGACGGCUACCCUUGCAUUACAAAAACAAAAUCUCAAUUUGGGUGAUUUUUAUGGUAUAUGGUUCAAAUCUAUACAUGGAUUAAAUGCAGAUGGUUCAAUACUAGCUAAGACCAUAAAAAUAGGUAUGGAGAAAGAACUCAAAGAAAAAUAUUUGGAAAAUACCACAUUCUUAGCGGCAAUUUUUAUUGAUCCCAGAUAUCAGUGUUUACUGACUCGUGAUCAACAAAGUGUAGCUAUUAAUCGUCUUGUUGAGACUUGGGAAACUUUGCAGUUAUUAAAACAUAAGAAUCCUGAGUUGAAUAGCUCCAACUCAUCUAUUGAUGUUGCAGUUCAUAAUGAGGCUGAUACAAAGGACCAAAAUUCUGAAGAUUUUUUUGAAAAUUUUCUGUCUUCCCAAUCAUCUAAUCAUUCUAAUCUAUCUCAAUCGUCCACUUCCUCAAAUCCUACACAAACUAUCACAAUCAUUUUAAAUAGUUUAAAAAUGUCCAGCGCAUUCCUUACAAUGAUAUUGUAA